AAAAUGAUUAUGGAUUGUAUGAAAGUUGUAAAUGAGGAGCCAGCAAAUUCAACGGAGGAAGAAUUUAUAAAGAUGCUAGCCAAUGAUAGCUCAACAACACCACCACACACUGUUUCUUUUGCAUG